AUGAGUAAAACAGAAAAGAAUAGAUUCAAAGAAUCUUUAGAUAAAGUAAAUAAUUUAAAAGAAGAAGAUGAUGAUGAAAAAGAAGAAUGUACAUUAGAGUUGAUCGAAUUGAUUGUAGAGAUACAAGAUCCAAAAGGAUUGAUAGAUGAUUUAAAAAUAACGACAGAAGAGAUGAUGACUUGUGUAGACUUGAUAGAAGCUAUUGAAAAGAGAUUACUACAGGUCGACGAGAAUGAAGACUAUCGUAUCUUUGUAGUUGGGUGGCUACUUAGUUCAAUUGUACUGAAUCAAUACAAAUCACUUGAUCAACAUUACAAAGAACAAUUACAAUUUAGAAUCAAAUCAAAGUACAUGAUGUUUAUAAGGUUUAGAACUUUUCGUGACCUUGGUAAAUUAUCAUUUAUAUUAAAUGAUUUUGAUAAAUUAGAAUUGGAUAAUCUUUUAAUUAAUCAAUUAAAAAAAAGAACAUUAUUUAAAUUAUCAGAAAUGAUUAAAGAUAUUAAAAAUGAAAGGAAUGUACUAUUUGCAUUAAUGGCAAUAAGAGCAUUAAUUUAUACUGGUAAUGGAUGGGAUUGUAUUGAUGAUAUAUUAAAUACUGGGAUCGUACCAACCAUCCUAACCAUUGUAACCGAUUCAUUUAAUAUUAUAAAUGAAUUUACAAAUGACAAAAAUAUCAUCAACUAUAACCAAAAUGAAAAAGAUACAUUAAAUUUAGAUCAUUUAAAUUUAAAAUUUAAAUUAAUGUAUUUAAACAAAUCAAAGAAAUAUAUUCAUCUUGUUUGUAAUGAAUCAUCAAAAGUAAUUAUAAAUAUAACGACAACAAUGGAUGGUAUAGAAUCUAUCGCAAAAAUGGAUAUAAUACCAAUACUUUUUAAAAUUCUUAGUAGUUAUUCAAAUGUAAAUCUAAAAAAUAUAAUGCAAUGUGCAUUAUUUAUGGUUGGAAAUAUAACUGCAACCAAACCAGAAUGGCGAGAUGUUAUAUUAAAAAAACAUGGUUUAUUAAAAUUGAUCAUGGAGAUGGGUAGAGACGAGGCGGUCAUGUCACAACUAUCUGAUGAAAUAUCAAAUAUUUUCGGAUCGGUCAUACGUUGUGUGGAUCCACCAAUAGAAUGGAGAGAGAUUAUAGAUUAUAUGUUACCAUUUGUAUGUCAACACUUUUUAUCAAACGAAAAUACUACAAGAAGUGUCACCAAGUUUUUGGAAGGUCUUUCGAGACACCCGUCAUUUGAAAUUGCUGUGUUCAGACAAUAUCGCUUAGACAACUUUUUGUUGGAGAGUUUGGCAAGAGACAUUGACCUAUUUACAGAUGAUUGGUUCUUUAUUUUAGAGUCUGCUCUUUGGGCUAUUACAGGUAUAUCGGAAAAACAACCCAACAAUACAAUAUUCACCUAUGAACGACUUUUCAGUACUUUUAAUCGAUUACUAGUACUGGUAGACAAUUAUCAAAUCAUUGACCACAUUUUAUAUACAACAUACGAAUUGAUACGUAAUACAACAAAAGCAAAUAUUAUCAAUAGUAAUUUAAUCAAAAUUCUUACAACUAAAGUUUCUAAACUAAAUAAUAAUAAUAAUAUAAAAUCGACAACAACAACAAAAUAUUCAGAUUCAGAUCCAUUAAGUGUUUAUAGGUUGAUAGAUAGGAAAUUUAUGAUUGACGAUCCGUCGGCCUGUCAAAUGCUUUGGAAUCUUUUAGCAAUCUUGGAUGGAAUGUCUCCUAUGGAAAUUGGAGAAUGUGUUUCCCAAGGUAUUAUUCUCCUACUCGUUACUCUAUAUCGUUCUGUAAAGACAACAGAUACUUUUUCCCUCAUUAUGAUGAAUUGUGUCAAUCUCACUUGUUGGAAUUAA